GAAGACGGAGACUUCCUUCCUCCCUUGAAAGCGCAAGUCAGAGCCACUGCUACAAUGGCAAAGCUAAUGUUGUUGUGCCUGACAUCUUUUGUUUUAUACAUAAGUAUGUUAUUCACAGUCGACGCUGUUUUCGAGGAUCAAGUAGGAAAAUUCGACUGGAGACAGCAGUAUGUUGGAAAGGUACGCUUUUCUCGUUUUGAUUCACAAGUGCAAUCUACCAAAAAGGUACUUCUGGCGACAGAGAAUAAUGUUUUUGCUGCACUAAAUACAAGGACUGGAGAUCUCUUCUGGAGACAUGUAGAUAAAACUGGACCUGAGGGCAAGAUUGAUGCUCUUCUACAUCAUGGACAAGAUGCUGUGCUGGUAGUUGGUAAUGGCCGCCUGCUGCGCUCCUGGGACAUAAAUAUCGGUGGUUUGAACUGGGAGGUUGUGCUAGACUCUGGGAGUUUCCAGUCAGCAUGUUUAGUUGGACAACAAGACAACACAAAGUAUGUGGCUGUUCUGAAGGAAACUGCUAUCUCUCUUCAUUACAUUUCUAAUGGUCAUCAAAAAUGGAGUGAGAGUCUACCAGAAAGUGAAAUGGUGGAUUACCAGGCAGUGUAUUCUGGUGGAAAUGGUGAAGUGCUCAUUUUGGGAAUUGUUCCUCACUCCCAUGUCACUAUUGUUGCUUACAAUUUGGAGGAUGGAGAGAUAAUCAAGCAGAUCUCAGUUGAAGCUCCGUGGCUGUCCAACAUACAGUCCAGCUGUGUAGUAGUUGACAAGGGGAUGUUGGUGUGCGUGGACUCUCCAUCUGUGUCCUUGUACAUGCUUGACUUGCAUUUGCAGUCACAGAUGACCCAGAUCCCCUUGCAGCCCCUGGGACUUGAACUUGCCCCUGGUUUCAACCCAGUACUGGUUUCUACCCAGCCUAACCCAGCCCGGCAGCCACAUUCAGAGUUUUUCCUUCAGCUUGCACCAGACCACUAUUUGCUUCUCCAGCUCAACAAUGGGCAGAUAGUAACACUGAGAGAUUUCAAGCCAGCAAUGCUUGUUGGAUUUGCAACCACUGGAGAGAAGACUGUUGCAGCUGUCAUGUCGCCCAAGAAUAAAACUGCUUGCACUAUCAAUCUGUUUAGUGCAGAAACUGGACGCAGACUUCUUGACACAACGCUUAUUUUUAAUAUGGCUCCUAACAGUGGGAAAGCAGAAAAGCUGUAUGUACAGGCAUUCCUCAAGAAAGAUGAUUCUGUUGGCUACAGAGUCAUGGUGCUGACAGAAGAUCACACACUCACUUUCAUUCAACAGCCAGGACGUGUAUUGUGGACAAGAGAGGAAGCCCUCUCAGAUGUGGUGACGAUGGAAAUGGUGGAUCUUCCUCUGACAGGAACGCAGGCUGAGCUGGAAGGAGAGUUUGGCAAAAAGUCUGCCAUCCAAGAUGGCCUGAUGUCAAUGGUGCUCAAGAGGCUCUCCUCCCAGCUAAUCUUGCUGCAGGCCUGGAUUGCCCACCUUUGGAAGCUCUUCUAUGAUGCACGGAAGCCUCGCAGUCAAGUAAAAAAUGAUGUGACCAUUGAGAACCUCUCCAGAGAUGAGUUCAACUUGCAGAAAAUGAUGGUUAUGGUUACUGCAUCUGGGAAGCUUUUUGGGAUUGACAGCAGGACUGGCAGUGUUUUAUGGAAGCACUACCUCGACAACAUCCCAUCUAAUGCAGCCUUCAAACUCAUGGUGCAACGGACCACAGCACACUUCCCUCAUCCACCACAGUGCACACUGCUCAUCAAAGACAAGGACACAGGCUUAGCUACACUCCACGUUUUCAAUCCCAUCUUUGGAAAGACAAGUCAUGUCACCCCACCAGUUCUUCCUCAGCCAAUACUUCAGUCACUCUUGCUGCCCCUCAUGGACCAGGAUUACGCCAAAGUCUUACUACUUGUUGAUGACCAGUAUAAGGUGUCUGCGUUUCCAUCAACCAAGAAUGUACUACAGCAGCUACAACAGAUGGCUUCGUCUAUCUUCUUUUAUCUUGUUGAUUCCAGUCAGGGAAAACUCUGUGGUUACAGGCUACAAACGGACUUGUCAACUGAGCUGAUCUGGGAAGUCAUCAUCCCAACGGAGGUACAGAGGAUUGUCUCAGUCAAAGGGAAGAGGCCUAAUGAGCAUGUCCACUCCCAGGGCAGAGUAAUGGGUGACCGUAGUGUCCUUUAUAAGUAUCUCAACCCCAAUCUUCUGGCUGUGGUGACUGAGAGCACAGACUUGCAUCAGGAGCGGAGCUUUGUUGGGAUCCUCCUGGUUGAUGGUGUGACUGGCCGCAUUAUCCAUGAAGCUGUCCAGAGAAAGGCCAGAGGACCUGUUCAUAUUGUGCACUCAGAAAACUGGGUUGUGUAUGAAUAUUGGAGUACCAAAUCCCGCCGGAAUGAAUUCUCUGUUAUUGAACUGUAUGAGGGGAUGGAGCUUUAUAACAGCACAGUGUUCAGCUCACUGGAUCGACCUCAUGCUCCUCAGGUUCUUCAACAGUCUUACAUUUUCCCCUCCUCAAUUUCUACCAUGGAAGCAACACUGACUGAGAAAGGCAUCACCAGCCGUCAUCUGCUGAUUGGCUUGCCUUCAGGAGGCAUUUUGUCAUUACCAAAGAUGUUUCUUGACCCUCGGAGGCCAGAAAUAGUGUCUGAGCAGAGCCGAGAAGAGAACCUGAUACCGUAUGCACCAGAGCUGCCGAUCCGUACAGAGUGGUUCAUCAACUACAAUCAAACUGUGUCAAGAGUGCAAGGAAUUUACACUGCCCCCUCUGGACUUGAGUCUACCUGCCUGGUGGUGGGAUAUGGUCUUGACAUCUAUCAGACACGUGUCUAUCCCUCAAAACAGUUUGAUGUCCUUAAAGAUGACUACGACUACAUGCUUAUCAGUAGUGUACUUCUGGCCCUAUUCUUUGCCACCAUGAUCAGCAAACGCCUGGCAGAAGUCAAACUGCUCAACCGAGCCUGGCGAUAAAGUAAUUAAUGAAACAACCUUUUGUCACUGUCAUGAGGCUGCACCAAGAACCUCAGCUCAAGGAGAUAAAAUGGCAGAAGCCAUGCCUGAAGAAGAACACUGGUCAAAGUUUAAGGCCCAUAAAGCACUGCAGGGGUGAAGAGGCAGAGUUGGGGUGAAAUAAAAUCUAAAUUGAGAA